AUGUGGUUAUCACGUGACGUUCUUCAACAUGCGCUUCGGUUCUUUGUGUUGUUGCCUGUGAAGAGUGCUAGAACUCCAGACAUUAAGGAGUUAUUCGGACCAAAAUUGUCCCCCGGCGCCGAAAUCAUAUUGCGGUCUGAUGUCAAUUGGACACAGAAAGUACAACAAAGAUGGUCGGCAUAUUUGGCACCAGACUAUAUGGGAGCCGUGAAAGCUGCCACUGUGGAAGACGUUCAAAAUACGGUAAAAACUGCGACAGCGCAUAGUAUAUCUUUCGUUGCCAUUGGCGCCGGACACGGAAGUGCCUCAACGCUAUCUGGCAUCAACAGCGGCAUUCAAAUUGACCUUGGAAACUUCAGAUAUGCGAAACUUAACAAGAGAAAGGAUUUGGUGACCGUGGGAGGUGGAACUAAGUUUGAGCAAGUUUGGGAUACUUUGUAUCCGGCUGGAAAAGAAUUUCCAACUGGAGCUGCUCCUUGCGUUGGUACUUUAGGCCCAACUCUAGGCGGUGGUAUUGGAACCCUCCAAGGUCUACGAGGGCUGACCUUGGACUCCCUCGUCUCUGUCCAGAUAGUUACAGCUAAGGGUGAACUGAUCACAGCUUCAAAGAAGAAGAAUGCAGAGCUUUUCUGGGGUAUUCGUGGCGCAGGAUAUAAUUUCGGCAUUGUGACAGAGGCUACUUACAAAGUUUAUGAUGCGACGAAUGGCGGACAGGUCAUGAAUGGGGAUUUCAAGUUUCCUGCCAGCGCAAACCGUUCAUUUUUCGAAAUCAUGGAGAGGUUCGACAAUACUCUUCCCGCGGAACUUAGCUUCUCGACUAUUAUUUCGUUCGAUAGAGCGAUCAAUGAGUUGGUACUCUCCGUCAAUGUCAAUUACUAUGGACCCAUGGAUGAUGCUCUUCCAUAUUUAGCAACCCUCUUUGCUCUAAACCCUCUUGAAUCAAAAUUCGUCAUGGUACCAUGGAACAAGCUAUACACCGUACUGUUCUUUGGCAAAGACUCAAUGAUGUGUCUGCGCAAUCUACAUCUCUAUACUUCCGGUGGCGGUCUCAAGCAAACGAAUGUUGCAAAUUUCGAAUCCUACUUCGAAGACUUGAACCAGUUUUUUCGCGAAAAUACGGAGGUUGGCGGCGCUUUUGUUGUGUCGAGGUUUUCAAAUGAUGCCGUAGUGGCGGUGGAAAAUGAUGAGACGGCGUACGGAAGAAGACAUCGAGAAAUCAAGACUCAUCUGAUUUUUAUAGAUGUGUAUCCUGACGACCCUGCCCUGGAUACAAUCGUUGAUAAUUUCACGAAAUACUCCGUCGACAAAUUGCACCAAACUAGCGGGUUUGACGACCUAACGACAUACGUCAAUUAUGCGAAUGGUGAUGAAGGGCCUGAAGUGUGGUAUGAUGUCGAUAAGUUGGAACGCUUGGCUGCUUUGAAGAGAAAAUGGGAUCCUGAAGAGAGGUUCAGCUUCUAUCAGCCCGUGCCACUAUAUUGGCCUCCUGUAACUCAACCCAUGCCAAGUAACGAAGACCUGUAA